AGAAGAAAAGAAAAAAGAAAAAAGAAAUUAUAUCUUUUUUAAUAUUAUUCGUUUAAUUAAUUAAAAUGUCUCGCAAUUUAUUAAUUAAUACUGGCAAUAUACUUUCUUUAGAUGAAGCUAAAAAAAAGGCCAGUCAGAAUACAAGAGAUGAGUUAGUAGAUACGCUAAAGAUCAUUUUGAGAGAGAAAGAGAAUCAAGGAGACAAUAUCGUGUUUAUGAACGGUAUAGGAGAUAUUGGUAUUGAAAAUACUGAAAGAGCAGAAUUGAAAGUAACUGUAAAAGUUUUUGUUUCGUCUCCUGAAGCUGACACAUUAAAGGAUGCAUUAAAUAAAGUCUUUGAGAAUUUGAACACGGAUACGAUUGAAUCCUUGGUGAUUGCUUAUAGCAUUAAAGACGAUUCUGAAGAUAUAUUAACGUCUUUAAAAUCUUUAUGGAGAGCUGUCGAAGAAUAUGUGAAAAUUGGAAAAUUGUCUAGUGUCGGAUUGAGUGACUUAAAUACUAAUACUUUUAUCGAAUUCUUUCAAUGGGCCAAUAUCAAGCCUGAUAUCGUACAAAUUAAUUUAGCUACUUGUUGCAUUGUUCCGCCAGCCUUACAAGAAUUUUCUAAAGCGAAUGAUGUGCAAUUAUUAACUCACAGCGACCCAUCUGAAAUUUUACCAGAAGACGUAUUGAAGGAAAUAUUUGGCUUGCCAGUGUCACUACACUGGGUUGUUAAAUAUCAAAUUCAUCUUAAAUGUCGUGGUAUAUUAACUUCGAAAGGAUAUUUAAUUUAUAUUAAAAAAUUAUUAACGUGUAAUUAAUAAUGGUUAUUCAUAGAAAACGAUUUAGAUAACGUUCGGUGAUCUUGUAUGUACUUUAAUUUUGUGGGUAUAUCACAAAUGUAUAUUUUAAUAUAAAAUUCCGUUUAAUUGAAUGCUACUUAAUAUCUGGAAAAAAGUAUAUAUAAAACAGAAAGUAAUUUUAGAAGUAUUAUAUAUAUAUAUGUAUGUAUGUAUAUACACACACAUAUAUAUUAUAUACAUAUACAUAUAUGCAUAUAUUUAGUAUGUACAUAUAUAUAUGUACAUGUGAUAUUAUGUAUUCCCAAUACUUGUACUCGAGCAGCAGCACAAGUUGUACUUAUAGAGUGUAAAUACACAAUGGCAAAUGCAUUUUUUAAAAUAAAAGUAUUUUUCUGAUUUAA